AUGCCAUUGGAUGAAAUAAUUACUGGAAAUAAAAAUCGUUUAUCAUCUACGGAAGAGAAAAAGUCAAUUACUGCUGAGGGAAAUAAUGAAAAAAAAGAAACAACCAUUUCUACUUCACGUCACGAAGGUGACACAGGUGCUGACGAUACGUUAAGUGCUAGUGAUAAUAGUAAGGGAAGUAAAAGAGAGUGUGGUGGUUAUAAAUCACUUGAAAAAAUUUGCAUGCCGCCAGCAUAUCAUCGAGAUGGCACAUCAUUUACAUCACAGAGACAAAAUUACAUUGAGGAACCGGAAUCGGAAUCGUCUUCAUCAUUAAAUCGGAAAAAUAGCACGGAUAAAGCAUUGGUGCGACGGAUUACAAAUGAAUUGCAAGUAGCACAAUUAGAAAAAGAAAAAAUUAAAGCAAAUGGUGAUACUGUCAAAGUUGGAUCAAAAACUAAAGAAAGACCAGUGUAUAAGAUGUAUGCAUUUCGAUUUGUUGAAGCUGGCCUACGUCGAGCACUUUGGUAUUUUGGACGAUCGAUACCGAUUAAAAAAGCCUUAUUUGUAUGUCUCCCAAUCAUAUUUGUAUUGCUGUCAUUAAUUGGGCCAAUCGUACAUCGUGAACGAUUAAAUCUUUCAUUACCCUUUGAAACGUUUGUUUCCUGUUUCAAUGAUCAUUAUCCGGCAUCCGGCCAUAACAACUUACGUGUUGCAACACGUGGAAUGCUGUCAUUUAAUGGUUCUAAUCAAGCGUAUAACGCUAUAAGACGUAAUUCACCAGCUGAAUUUGCUAUAAUUAUGCGUUCAAAAGGUUAUAGUUCGAUUAUUAGCGAAAAUUCGAUCAAUACAUUCGGAAAAUUAAGUAAUUCAGUAAAAUCAAUUGUUGUCACUUAUGAACGAAUAAAUCUAACGUGGCCGGAAAUGUGUCAUGAUGCAUGUACUGGAAAAGAUGAUCCUAUACAGCAAAUUCUGGAAAGUGAUCCUAAAACUACACUUACUUAUCCAGAAACAAUUAUUUCACUCAAAAAUACCGGAAAUUUAACACGUUUAUUUGUUGGACUGACCAUUGGUGGUGUGGAAACAGAUACAGAUGGUGUUGUCACAUAUGCACGAUCAUUAAGGACAAAUUUUAAACUUAAAGAAAACUUUCGUUCUGAAAUUUUGAAUGAAUUUUCAAAACAAUUUAUCAGAAAGAUGAAUGAGAAACGAGAAGAAAUAAAGAAGACAUUAGAUGCUGAUAUUAAUUGGUGGUCAUAUCAUCAAUUUGUUAAUGAAGUGAUUGCUGGAUUAGAAACAAUGCAUUACUUGCUAAUUGCAUCUGCAGCUCUUCUUAUGCUUACAUGUUUGAUUGCGAGUUUUGGCGCAAAUGGCUAUCAGAGUAAACCGGUUCUGGGAUUAGUUAUUGGUGUUAUUUUAAUUGUUUCUUGUCUAGCCGGUUUUUUUGUUCAACUGACCGGAGUAGGAUAUGUUAAUGCGAUCGUUUUCCCAAUCUUCUUUAUCCUUAUCGGUAUUGGAGUAUUAAUGCUUUUCACGUUAGAAGAUACGUGGUCGAAAUAUUCAAACGUUGCAUGUGAUCCAGUGGAAAAAUUAUCACUAAUCCUAAGCUGGGAUGCACCAUGUACUACAAUCACUUCAUUUAUCAUUAUCGUUUCUUUUGCAGUAAUUGGUUCAACGACGAAAAGUCCUUACUUGCAAUAUAUGUCGUUUGUGUUAGCAGCUGGUGUCGCUGUCUUGCUCAUCUUCGCUCUUCUAUUCUUCUCGGUAUUCCUGUACGUUGCGGGUCGUCGUGAGACUAAAGGGGUCAAAUGGUAUCAGUGCUUUCGUUCCGGUGAUACACAUUUCGCUCCCAGAACAAUCAACGAAUUCAGCGAUUCAAGCAUUGAAAUGCUUCAUGAAAAGCUUAUUGAUACUAAGCCUUCAUUUUCGAGAGCCACCGCGGCGGCAAUGGCUAAUUCAUAUCUUCGUUGUCCGGUUGCAUUCAUUUUUGCAAUCUAUUUGGUGCUUGCUUUUUGGGGAUGCAAGGAUGUUCGAAUAGAUCUGAAGGAAGAAUAUUUCCUGUCAAAAGAGAGUGAAUCACGAACAUUUAUUGAAAAUUAUCGUAUCGAAUUUGGACAAUAUGAAGAUUUUCUUGAAUUGGUAUUUGAUGAACCGAUCGAUUAUCUUGAUCCACAUCGAAAGGAUGAAAUUCUGGCAAUACUAGAAUGGCCUAUUCAAAAUCAGCUGGCAACAAGAUCAGUGAGUUGGUUGAAAGAUUUUGUACGAUUCGAAAGUACAACUAUUUACGACAUAAAUCCAGAUACAUUUGUGCCAAUUAUUGGUAUUGUCUUUUUGACUGCUGAAAAUUAUAAAAAAUAUCGAAAUGACAUAAUUUUUGACAAAUUUCAAACACGUAUUAUUGGUUCACGGAUGUAUAUUGAAUUAACAGCAAAAGGUGUUCGAGAACGAUUAUUUGUUAUUGAUGAAUUAUUGAAUAAGGCUCGUUCAGCAGGUAUAUCAAUGUUUGUGAAGACACCAUUUAUCUUUGCUAUACAGCAUGAUUUACAGGUGAUGUCAACAGUAAUCAUAGCAUUCACCUUACUUCUUUGCUGUGUUUGCACUUUAUCACUAUUCCUCUUUGGGAUACCAUCACUAACUGUGCUGGUGUUAUUAUCUAAUCUAUCAGUCAUUGCUGGUGUUAUUGGUUUUGCAACGUAUUGGUUAAUUCCUAUUAAUGCCAUCACUUUAUUUAUGGCUUUGGCUGGAAAUGCUUUAACAACUGCAAUUGUUUCCUAUUUCUGUUACAAUUUUGCAACUGCUGGGAAAAGGCAAAAAACUGGUGAACAACGAGUACGGUAUUCUUUCCAGUCAUGUUUACUACCAAUAACUUUGGCAUGUUUUGUACCAAUUGUAACAUAUUUGCCAUUGCUAUUAUCUGGUUUACCUGUGAUGAUGCAUGUCUUCAAGAUAUUAAUACUUACUUCAUUUAUUACCUAUAUUCAUUUGUUUUUUUUCUUACCCAACAUGAUGAUAUUUCUCACCGAGCAAAUUCCAUCAUUUUGCUCAUCGCUGCAGGAUAUUUGCGAUGAAUGUUGCUGCUACUGUUUUGAUAUUGAAGAGGAUUCCGGUAGCAUUUACUAUAUACCAACCGGAGGUCGCACUACUUCACAACUUAACGGCUUAACAAAACAGUAUUCAUAUGCGUUAACAGUGCCAUCAACUACACGUGGCAUGUUGCUACCACCUAAAACAGCAGGUUAUUUACCGGUAACUGCUACGGUUGCUCCAGCUUUGAUUCCUGAUGUACUUCCCUAUCAGCCGAAUCCAGUUGUUAGUAUUGGAAAUUAUCGAUCAACUAAAAGUCAUCGUCGUGAAAAUAGUGAACAAUCUCUCAGCUUACCAUCAUCACCACGAAUAGCUGUAUCUAAUCGACAAACACCUCGACGAGAACGACGAGAACGACGACGAAAGACAGCCGAGGAUCAUUCACAAAAUGAUGAAUCAAUCUAUGAGGAACCGCCAUCAUUGUCUUCAAAUUUACAUGAAUCACAUUCACCAAUUCAAUCGCGACGUCAUGAUGGACGAAAACCAGAAAGGCGACAGUCUCAUUCAUCUACCUCACGACAUAUUUUACGUGAUGAACGAUCUUUGGAACGAGACUCAGCUAUAGAAUUGCGUUCUAACUGGAAGCAAUACUUGAUCGAUGGUAAUUUACGUCAAACUACCGGUGUUGUUGUGUCAACUUCUCCACCUUCUACUCCUCAACAGAUAAUGUACUAUUCAACGCCUGCUUAUCGGACACAACCACCACGCUAUAGUCGUGAUAAAAGAUUUUAA